AUGACUCUUCUUCUUCUACUCCUAUUUGCCAUUGUGUUACUUGUUUCCUUUAUAGUCUUUAUCAUUUAUUGGAACUUGAUUCGUCCACAAAAACGUUUCUAUGAUGAUUUUCGUCGUCAAGGCAUACCAGGCGAACCUUUUGUACCAUUCGUCGGUCAAUUGCCUGAAAUGCGUCGUGCAUCUGAAAAGGAUGCUGGUGCCGAAUAUCGCAUGGGACUUGCUCAAAAGCAUGGUUACGUCUAUCUCACAGGAUUUGGUCCAACUAUACGUUUAUCCGUUAUUGAACCAGACAUGAUUGCUGAUGUUUUCAGUCGCACGCACGCUCAAGAUUAUCGAAAACCGUCCGAUAUGAAAAAAUUUUUUAAACCUCUGAUUGGUUCACAUAAUCUCUUAGUGAGUGAGGGUGUUGAACAUGAACGUGCUCGAAAAAUGCUCAAUCCAGCAUUUCACUUCAUCAAACUUCAAUCCAUGAUUUCUAUUAUGGUCGAACAAACAAUUAAAGCUAUUAAUGAAUUACUUUUAUUAUCAUCUGAAGAAAAAGUUGUUGAUUUACAAACAGAACUUAAUGCUCUAACAUUAACAAUUAUUGCAUCGAGUGCAUUUGGUAAAGGAUUCGAAACUAUAGCUAAUGCCAAACAAAUUGUAUGUCGUGCAUUCAUCGAAGUACUUGAAGCAAUGGAAUAUCGAACAAUACGCAUGAUCGAUUAUAUACCAUUAAUUGCACAGUUACCCUAUUGGCGAAAGGAUAUUUUAGAUCAAGGUUCUCGAGAAAUUUCGAAAUUUGUCGAUCAGAUUAUUGCCGAUCGUCGACAUGAAAAGUCAAGUAGUUUAUGUUCUGGUGAUGAUCUACUUGAUCUUCUUCUUUCGGCUGUUGAUGCACAAGGACACAAGUUCACCGAUCAAGAAAUAAAAGAUCAAGCUUUGACUUUUGUAACUGCCGGCCACGAAACUACAGGUAACUUGAUGACAUGGACCAUGUACGUAUUGAUGACAAAUAAACAAGUAUUACAAGCUUGUCGAGAUGAAGUCGAUAGAGUACUUUCUAAUGGUACUGAACCCACAUAUGAACACAUAAACGAGUUGGUAAUAUGUGAAGCUGUUUUACAAGAGACACUUCGUCUUUAUCCACCAGCACCUUUUCUCGAACGACAAUGCAUUCGGGAACACUACAUAGGUAGUAAAGGCAAUCGUCAAGUGCGUAUUCCUGCUGGAGCAAAAGUCUUAAUCAAUACUUAUAUACUUCAUCGACGAGCCGAGUUUUGGCCUCAACCUCUAGAAUUCGAUUAUACUCGCUGGUUGCGAGAUCCUGUAACCGGUCUCAAACCGAAAUUGACUCAUCCAUUCUGUUAUUUACCGUUUGCAGCUGGACCACGUAAUUGUAUUGGUCAAAAUUUUGCAUUAGUUGAAGCCAAAGUUAUAUUGGCACUGUUAGUUCAACGAUGUAAUUUCGAAAUAGAACCCGGUCAGAAGAUUGUUCCUGACGUUCGCAUUACUAUGCGAUGCAAGUAUGGAUUACGAGCAAAACUCUCUAAGCGAUUAUAA